AUGAGCGACGAGGUGCCCUCGCCCGUGCGGCGAACGCGGCACCGUCACUCGAUCACGAUUCCAGAGCCAGAGACGGUAGUCGAGGGUGGGCCCAUCUCGGAGCAGCAGGUUUGCGCAGAGACGCUGCCAGACGCUCUGCCGCCGCCGAGCGCAGAGUCGCUCGAGCGGCUCGCGCUGCCUGACUCCAAGGAGGAGAAGGCUGACCACGAUGUGGAGAUGGCUGACCCCGACAUGAAGCAGGUGCUCAAGGAGUCCGAGGGCCUGGAGGAGCACAGGAAGCAGGUGGCGGCAUUCGAUCAGAAGCAGGUUGAGGUUGCCUUGAAGGCAAGCCACGAUCUUGCGGAGAGCAAGGGCACACUCGUCGAGGACUCGCCGCCCGUGGAGGACCUUCAGCAGCCCAGGGCGGGGUCGAGUUGGGGCGAGAGGAUGGAGAGCCUGAGCCCAGACACCCGCAGGCGGCGUCUGAUCAUGGUCGAGGCUGGGAUGCACAACCUGGUGGACCACAUGCAUCGGGCAGCGACAGAGUUGUCGGCAGUGGCUGAUGCGACAUCUGAGGCCGAGACGUCGCCUGCAGCCGCCAAGGAGCUGAACCGCCAGGCUCACGCGCAGCAGCGGGAGCAGGAGCCUCAGCCGGCAGCGGCGACGCAGCAGGCGACGCCGCCCGAGGGCGUGAUGCAGCAGCAGGAGGCGGCGACGCAGGCCGAGAAGGAGUGCUCGGUGGGACAGGGCGAUGCGGCGGCAGGGAGCAGGCAGCGCACAUCAGACGAGAAGAUCAGGGCGGUGCUGGAGGACAACGAGGAGGCCGCCAAGGCCUUCGAGACGCCCGUGAAGCAGCUGGGGUCGUGCAUCCAGCACGCCGCACCGCUGCUGAAGCAGUUCGAGGAGCUUCGCCGCUCCGCUACCUAG